CCUGACACCCACAGACCGACAGCCUGUCCCGGGUUAACGGAUCUGUUCUGGCCCGGGUUAACGGAUCCGUCCCGGGUUAUCUGUUUAGUCCCGGGUCAGAGUCCUGGAGCAGUUCAGGAGGAGGAGGAUAGCUCGGAUAGAGGAGCGGGACAGCAGCGGGGAUCCAGCGGGCUCUGAGGAGGGUUCAGUCAGAUAUCUGGGUCCAGGAGGCUCGGUCCGGCUCGGUUCGGCUCGGUUUUGUCCCGGGACAGCGGCGGGUCUAUAUGUGAGCGCUGGCCCGGUUUGUCCCGGCUCGGUCUGUCUCGGUUUGGGGGGCUGGAUGGUGGUUUAGUCCUUCGGGAGAGUGAGGCUCGGAGCCCGGCCCCCCCUCACAGUAACGGUGGGUUUUCUGGAGCAGCACGGUUUGUGUCGGAACCAGAUCCCAGAUGAAGAUUCCCAAAAGGCGGAAAAGGAGCGGACGGUGCGCCAGAUAAAUGGCUCUUUUAAGCUGGGAGCUGCUCGUGUUCUGUCUGGCUGGCAGAUGCAGUGCCUAGUCCCCGGCCUCCAGGACAACGCCAACAUGAAUGGGACGUCCGAGCAGGCCGACAUCCUGCCGCCAAACUGCAUGGUCAAGGACCGAUGGAAAGUGCUGAAGAAGAUCGGUGGGGGCGGGUUCGGGGAGAUCUACGAGGCCUUGGACCUGCUGACGCGGGAGAAUGUGGCGCUGAAGGUGGAGUCGGCUCAGCAGCCCAAGCAGGUGCUGAAGAUGGAGGUGGCGGUGCUCAAGAAGCUGCAGGGUAAAAACCACGUCUGUAAGUUUAUUGGCUGUGGAAGAAACGACAAAUUUAACUAUGUGGUGAUGCAACUGCAGGGCCGUAACCUGGCCGACCUGCGGAGGAGUCAGCCCCGAGGAACCUUCACCAUGAGCACCACGCUGCGGCUCGGGAAGCAGAUCCUGGAGUCCAUCGAGGCCAUCCACUCUGUGGGCUUCCUGCACCGGGACAUCAAACCGUCAAAUUUCGCCAUGGGCCGGCUUCCCUCCACCUACAGGAAGUGCUACAUGCUGGACUUUGGUUUGGCGCGACAGUACACCAACACCACGGGGGAGGUCCGACCGCCGAGGACUGUGGCGGGUUUCAGAGGGACGGUCCGCUACGCUUCAGUCAACGCUCAUAAAAACAAGGAAAUGGGCCGCCAUGAUGACCUGUGGUCGUUGUUUUACAUGUUGGUGGAGUUUGCUGUGGGACAGUUACCGUGGCGGAAAAUCAAAGACAAGGAACAAGUUGGUCAGAUAAAGGAGCGUUAUGACCAUCGGAUGCUGCUCAAACACAUGCCUUCAGAGUUUAAUAUCUUCCUGGACCAUGUCCUGGCCCUGGACUACUACACCAAACCAGACUACCAGCUGCUCAUGUCGGUGUUUGAGAACAGCAUGAAGGAGCGAAUAAUCACAGAGAACGAGCCUUUUGAUUGGGAGAAGGGAGGAAGUGAUGUCACACUGUCGACCAGUGCCUCCACGCAACCACAGCACAACACCCGACCCACCGCCGCCAUGGUGGGAGCCAUCGUGACGCCUGUUCCUGGAGAUCUUCAGCGGGAGAACACCGAUGACGUUCUGCAGGACGAACAUCUCAGUGAUCAGGAGAACGCCCCUCCGGCCCCGCCCAGCCGGCCCCCUGGGGAGACGAGCACCCCGCACGCCGGGGAGACGGGAGAGGCCUGGGAGGACACGGACUUCAACCGUAACAGACUCAGGAUCAGCCUGAACAAGGGUGCUCAGGAGGAGGAGUCAGGCCGGGGGGCAUGUCCAGUGUCGCCGGUUCGAGGCGGAGCCCCGGACUCGCCCACAGGUCAGGGUCGAUCGUUACGAUACCGCCGAGUCAACAGCCCCGAGUCUGACCGUUUGUCUGCUGCAGAGGGCCGAGCGGACGGCUACGGACAGAGGUCCAGAAUGGACAUCCUCGGAUCUCCGUCUCGUCACGUUUAUUCCUCCCAGCCCGCUCAGAUGCUGUCUGUUGACCCCGGUUGCCGCGGUGACCGUCAGGCCAGCGGCCGUCAGGAGGUGUCGGUGGCAUCUGUGGACCAGGAGGCGCACAGCAACGCCUUCAUCCGCUCUGUCCCGCUGGCCGAGGAGGAGGACUUUGACAGCAAAGAGUGGGUGAUCAUCGACAAAGAGGCGGAGCUACGUGACUUCCAACCAACCACGUCGGGAACCACAGAUGAGGAGCCCGAGGAGCUCCGCCCUCUGGAGGAGCAGGAGGAAAGGAGGAGGCUCAGGGCGGCAGGUGAGCUGGUGGUCCGUCCAAAGACCCACACCAGGGAGAGCAGCCGAGGGAUGCUAACGCUAACGGAAGAAGAGGCGUCCAGGAGGAGCGGAGGAAGCCCCGCCCAGUCCCCGUGUCACUCGCUACCGUCAGGACGCCCCCGCCGAAGAGAGUCAGAGCCCAAUGGACCUCACAGGCCGGUUCUGUCCCCCACGGAGCCGAGCAUCCCGUCACCGUCCUCCCCGGACUAUCGGACGAAGGGUCAGGGGGACGAGAAGGAGCAUUUCCAUAUCCUCCCCCAGCUCCAGGCUAAGAGGGCUGACUUCCUCACCGUCAUGCUGACCGGUACCUUACCUCAGCGCCGGAGCUUCGCCACACCAGACGAGGAAGUCCCAGAGCCCGCGGGGCCAAGAGACGAUGAUGUCACGAAGAGCGAGUCUAACAGCGAGGCCAGUCAGAAGAGCACUGAACGCAGCCAGGAUGCUGCACCGUCAACGCUGAUGGCCGAGGAUCAGAGGGGCCAGAGGGAGCAUGCCUCGGCUGCUGAUGCCGACCCUGACUUGGAGGAUGCUUCUAAAACCCUGGUCCUCUUCUCUCCUGGAGACACUCGCAAGUCUCCCUCUGGUGCUGAUCACGGCCUGGAGGGUGAGCUGGCCACGCCAUGUGCCCUCUCAUCCCGUAACCUCUUGGUUGCUGAUGGAAUUCAGCCAGAGUCUGCUGAGACUGGACGAUUGUCCCCCGCCCUCAGGUCGGACCUCAGGCCUUCCACUCCCAUUGCUCCAGCUUCUCCACCCUUCACCAAAGUAGAGCGCACUUUCAUCCACAUUGCAGAGACAUCACACCUUAAUGUCAUGUCUUCCAACGGUCAUUCUGCUCGAGAGAGCGACCGGGAAGUCCUGGCCAUCAUGAAGGCGUCGGCAGCAGAGGAUGACACCCAGGGACACGGUCCAGAAUUUAUGACAGACAAGUCUCCAGAGGAACUGGUGCCAGACCAAGGGAUGGCUUCUGACAAGCUUCCCAACACGGAGAAUGGUCCGUCACAGGUGCUGGCCCAGUCUCUGGAGCCUGUUCCAGAAGCCAUGUCACCCAUUCUUGAACAUAAAGAUCUGUCGCUGGAUCUUAAGAAACACUUAUCAUCCGGUGAAGAUGCCAUGAAGACAGCAGGAUCAGAACUACAAGCUGCAAUAAAACCCAGAAUCAGGAGCAGAAUCCCAAUCCUCAUCUCUGAAGAAGACUCCGGCUCCGAGCAGUCCUCCUCCCUCUCAGCCCGGGCUCGGCUACAGCAGCGAGCCAGGCAGCUGGACUUGGCCCGCAUGCUAGUCCAGAGGCAGCAGGGUCGCUGGAUGAGGAGGAGGAUGCUCUCUGGGACGUCGUCAUCACUAUCCUCUGGGGAUGAUGAGCGCAGGAGGGCCUCAGAGACUCUGUCCACCACGGGCUCAGAGGAGGACACGCAUACCUCAGACGAGUCCAGGAGGAGCUCCCGUCUCAAACCGACUGAUGAGCAAGGCUCCAAAGAAGGCAGGAGCAGGAUCCCCCGGCCCGUCACCCCCAUCAAAAGGCCCUUAGCGGGGCUCGCUGCUGCUCCUCCGUCUCCUCUCUCCCUGCCAGAGUCCAGCGCUGCCAAAGGACCAUCGUCCUUCAAUAAUGGGAAUCAGAAAAUCGCCCUCAGCACUCUUAGCACUCAAAGAAAAUCCAAACCUGUCGUAUCCAGGUCCUCCUCCUCAUGUCCCCGUCCGUCUGCCGCCCCCGCCCCUUCAGGUAGUCCCCGAAUGCCCCUACGAGUCCUGUUUGGAACCCGCCGCAGCCUUAGCUCUACCCACUGUAGGACUGACAGCCCGUCCCCUCAGAGAGUAUGUCCGUCCAGGCAGCCCCUCUCCGUUCGAGCCCCAACCGUCCCCAUGCUACCGCCCAGGACCGCAACAACCACCAUGCGGCGCAGCGCCUCGCAGGAAGCCACAGCCCAGACUUCCUCUGGCAUCACACCCGCAAGGGCCCGGCCCAAAACCACCGCCGCCGCUGCAGCUAAGGGGAAGCCAAAUACCAGGGAGAAGUCUGUGCCCGCUAGAUAAUACAAAGAGACUCAUCGCUGAGAUACGUUUGUGUAUAAUCCGUCUUCAGACGAGCUACGCCUCAAAGGUUUUCACCGUAGUAGACCUCCUUGGGUUCAUUUCAUGUACACGGAUUCUUCUGUUUUCAAGGACAGCUGACGAACUUUCUUCAUGGGCUUCCAGUAAUCCUGACUGACGCUCAGACAGGACAGGAGUGUUGCUGCCAUGGUGCUAUGGAUGUUGCUGCUUCCUAGUCACCCCCGGUUCAACCCGAUAAUCACCCACCCCCCAAACAAGUCCAGCUCAGAGGCUCCCGUUAGGGCUGGUGUUCACUCAGCGUUUUUACAGGAAGAGGGUUUAAAUGAAGACCUUGUGGACUUAGAUCUAGAUUCAGAAAACUUAAGUGUCUGUUGUGACAGUGAAUUGCCUUAGGCAUGGCUCAGCAUCGGAAGACAAGGACAAAAACAAUACAUUCCUGAAAACAGAGUAAAAUGGCUAAAUCAAUAAAUUAGAAAAAAUUGCGUUCAUUUUUAUCCUAAUCAGGCUAUUUUAUCUCCUCCUGGGUUUCAAAAAAGGCCAACAACACGCCACGUCCUCAGAAACAUCUUUUCUCAUGUUAACACAAACCCCACUGAGGUCACGCCAUGUCAGCAGUACUCGACCCUCACUGUGACGGUGAAACCGCUCACUCAGACACCAACAACGUCCUUAACAUGAACAUUCCCUCUCCGUUCCUCCAUCAUGACCAUUUUAUUCCCAAAGUAGUCCCACCAACCCUAACCGGGUCCCCAAACGCCGACGUUCAGGGCGGGGUUUGUCUUUGGAAUGUUGUAUAAUGCAGCAGUGACCUCUGACAUCAUCUUCAAAGGCAAGGUGGGAAUGAUUUAGACCAGUGGUUUUCAAACUUUUUUCGCCCAAGGCACACCAUAUUGAAAUCGAUACAAAACAGACUUUUUAAAUAAUGUUACAGUCAA